AGAGAGAGAGAGGUCGUUCCUUUUUUCAAGCUUCAAUGACGUGAGACCAUACAUAAGAGUGUGAGUAGAUAAGUACAUAGAUAUAUGCAAUACGUAUAGUAGGCUUUGUACGUAUAACCAUUUCCAAUCCAUUCAUCUUUGCAUGCUUCACCAACUCUUCAUAAAGAAAACCUGGAACCCAAAUUGAGUUGAAACAAACAAUUGCAUACAAGAAAUUUAAGAAAAGCAAAUAAACUCACACAUAACAAAAGUGCAUAGCAGAGCUGGGAUUAAAUAGAAUCACAAACACAUCAUGUACUCCUCCAUUGCUAUACCAGUGUGAUCUCAUAGGUCGAAGCUUCGAUAUAUAGUUGAUUUCAAACGGGUAACUGAUUCCCAUCCAACAUUUUUUGUAUUUUGAUCAGUAGUGUGUGUCCGUAGUGAUGAUUUGAUAUGCUUUUUUUCUUUUGGGAUAAUACUGUAAUUUAUCAGUAAUGUGUGAUCCAUGGAUUUUGUAAUAUUUAGAAGUAGAUUUUUUGUUUGAUUUGAUGUUUUGUGUUUGAGAGACUGAAAAUGAAGGAUGAUGAGGAGCUUGAGAUGUUGUUGGAUGAGAUCCCUCGUGUAACAUGCAUUGUUCAUCCAAAUAGCAUUAAUAGCGGCUGUUAUGAGUAUGAUCAUGAGAGUGGAUUGGAUGUGCAACAAAAAUUGGUUGAGAACUACUGGUAUGAACAUCAUUCAUGUGUCUCCCCUGUAAGUGCAUUUUCCUUAAAAUCAUAUGGAUCUUCUUCAAGCUUGUUAUCAGGUGGAUCUUCCACCCUAUCCUCAUUUGAAGAUGUAAUUAAAUCUCAACAUCAUUAUAGAAAUACUUCUGAUAAUAUGAAUAAAUUGAGGAUCGACCCCGAUUAUUAUCAUCAUGAUGAUGGUAAUACUACGAGUAAUUUUUGUGAACAAAAUCUAUCAAGGAGUUUCAGUACAAUGAAACUUAAUGAGGAGGAGCAAGAGAGUGUUGCUUCAACUAGCCCCACUGCUACUUUCUGGUCUCACAAUUACUCAAAUAGAAAAAAUGUGGGAAUGAUUUCCCAUAAAUAUUUUGCUUCUGAUCAUCAUAGUACACAUGCGAGCUUUUAUGGUAUAACGACACAUGAUCACCUAGAUGUUCUUGGUCGUCUGACUUCUCCAAUGGCAUAUAGUAAUCGUGGGCCCUUAAAUAAAAUGGAUCUAAAAUGUCAUAUCCAUCAUAUUGGAAUUCCACUAAUGGACUUACCAAAUGAUGUUACAAGCAGUAAUGGUAUUUCCGAUCUCCCGCGAUAUGGAACUUAUGCUAUUGAAAAUUCUUCCAACAAUCUACCUAAGGUUCCUCACGUAAAGCCUUGUAUGGACUCGGAAAAUGGAAGGAGGUACAAGGCGCAUUCUUCAUGUGUUCAAAUACCUAUUAUGAGAAAGCUUGAGAUAAUUGAUUGGGAAGGCACUUUGAUUGAUGAAACGAGCAAGGGGCAUCGCCGUUUUCUUAGGGCUCAAGAAAAGAGGUUUUCACCGGCCAAAGGAUUUCGCAAAUGUGGUAGAACUGAGAGGAUGUGCUCUUUCUCUUCAUCUCUCCCACUAAAGCUUUCUUCACUCAGAGAAGUUAAAGGGUAUAUUUAUCAUAUAGCGAAGGAUCAACAAGGUUGCCGAUUCUUGCAAAGAAUGUUCGAUGUGGGAAGUCCCCAAGAUGUGCUCGUUAUUUCCAAUGCGAUAAUAGAUCACGUUGUUGAGCUUAUGAUGAAUCCUUUUGGGAACUACCUCAUCCAAAAUUUGUUGGAGGUGUGCAAUGAAGAACAAAGGAUGAAAAUACUUCAUAUGGUGACAGAAGAGUCUGGCCAGAUUGUUAGGAUAUCUUUGAAUACUCACGGGUAUAUAGUUUGUUGUAAUAUAUUCUUUCCAAUAUACUCUUUUCAUCUUGAUUCAUUAUUACUAACGUAUAAAAGUUUUUUAUUUUUUAUAUUAGGACACGAGUAGUUCAGAAGUUGAUUGAGACGUUAAAAACCAGGGAACAGAUCUCAUUGAUCAUUUCAUCACUUGAACCAGGAUUUCUUUCGCUUAUUAAGGACUUGAACGGUAAUCAUGUUAUUCAGAGAUGUUUGCAAUAUCUUGCAAAUGAAGACACUAAGUUCAUAUUUGUUGCAGCUGCAAAGCAUUGUGUGGAUAUUGCAACACAUCAACACGGUUGUUGUGUUCUUCAAAGAUGCAUCACCCACGGAAUUGGAUAUCAUCAGGAAAGAUUGAUUGUGGAGAUCAACACGGUUGUUGUGUUCUAGCUCAUGAUGCUUUUGGGUGAUUAAAUUAACAGUUUUGUUGCAAUAAAUGCCUUUUGUAUCUCUUAGUUUUCAAUGCACACAAUUAAUAAAUUCGUUAGUGUUAGAUCAUCACAUUAUCACAUACAAUUAAAUAUAAAAAUACAUACUCACAUUCUACAUAAAAUCAUUUAGUUAGCUCUAUUAGGUUGACUUUUAAAUAGAAACUCAAACCUUAUUUGUUUGUUGACCUUAUUUUUACAACUUAACUGAUCAUUUUCUUUUCAAAUUCUUUCUGAUUGGGGACAGAAAUUAUGUUGUUCAAUUCAUUUUGGAGCUCAAGAUUCCAUCUGCAACAUCAAAGUUAAUAUCUCAAUUUGAGGGAAACUUUGUACAUCUCUCCACACAAAAGUUCAGCAGCCAUGUGGUUGAAAAAUGUCUUGUUGAAUGCGACUAUAAGGUCAAGUCUAAGAUAGUCCAUGAACUCAUCUCUACAACUCACUUUGAGCAGUUGCUUCAAGACCCUCAUGCAAAUUAUGUUAUUCAAACAGCUCUUCGGACAUCCGAGGUACUAAUUACACAUAAUGAUCAAAAUGAGAGCUAGUUGAACUUGUGCAUCAUAUACUCAUCUCUUGUGCUCUAAUUCUCAACGUUUUACCUCAUUAUACUUUUAUCAGGGAUGUCUACAUAGUUUACUAAUCGAGGCGAUCAAAUUCCAUAAGGCAAUCACCCGAAACAACCCUUAUUCAAAGAGGAUUUUCUCUAACAAACUUUGGAAGCAGUGAUGUAAAUGGUGAUGAGACAGCAAACGAUGUUGAUAUCAUAAGUUCUUAUAUAAGUUCAUUGGUGGAUCAUAACAUAAUCGAUUCAACUAUAAUAUGUCUAUAAAUGGUCUUCAAUUUUGUUCUUCUAUCAAAAUCCCUUUUCCACGUGGUUUUACUUUCAUUUUCAUUUUAGAGUUGCCAACUGAAAGGCAAGAUGUUUCUACCAAAUACAUUGUGCAAGUGUACGAGGUACUCAUGUUAUGUUGUUGUGAAAUAUAAGGACACGGCUUAUGCAACGACUAUUAUUCCAGUUGAGUCUAAGAAUUUGUC